UAGUAUAUGAGAUAAUUUUGAUUUCAGCGUUUUAGUUAAUUUAGAGUUAAGAAGUAAAAAAAUUCACUUUUGGGGAUUAAAUAUCAGAUUUUUCAUGUUUUCAAAUAAAAAAAAUAAAUACUUUAAAUAUUCAGACAAAAUGUGCGGAUAGUUUUUUCAGAUGAUUCGAUUUAUAAAUAAUAUUUUAAAAAUAUUUGAUUAUUUAAAACUAAUUAUAGUUAAUAUCUAUAAGUUUAUAAACUAUAUUAUAGAAAUUUGGAUACUCAUUCGAUUUCGGUUCCAGUUUGAUUUUGGAUUUUUAAUUUUAAAAUAUAGGAUCGGUUCGGGUAAUUUAUAGGAUACAAACCUAAACCAAACCUCGUUUUUUGGUUUAAUCAGUUUUUUGGUUGAUAAAUGUGUCGAAGCCUAAACUAAACCAAUAGGAAGACAAAACAACUCAGUAUGUAAUAACAAAGACCAAACACCACAAUAAGUAUCUAAUAACAAUAUCUCCUAACAAGUUUGUUCUUUUAAUUACAUCAGGAAUGCUCUCAACUUCCGUGAGUGUCACGUCUCGUCUCCUUUCUUUGAAAAUUUAUCGGGGUCUAGGUUCUAUUCCGGCACCAUUGUAUUAUGAUUCCAUAAUCGAGCCUUUAGGGUUCCCAUCCAAUGAUAAUCUCCACAGGAGUAGUAAUGGCGUUCGUGUCUUUGAUCUCCUCGAAGGAAAUGGUGCUACCGCUUUGAGAUGUCUCUACAACAUGCUGCUCAAGGAAUGUACAGUCUCCAAGCGAGUUGAUCAGGGAAAGACCGUGCACGCCCAUGUUGCCAAGUCUCUGUUCCGAUGUGAGGUUGUUAUGAACAACACUCUCCUCAACAUGUAUGCUAAAUGCGGAAGCUUGGAAGAGGCUCGCAAGGUGUUCGACGAAAUGCCUCAAAGAGACUUUGUCACGUGGACCACUUUGAUUUCUGGUUACUCACAGCAUGGUCAACCCAUUGAUGCGCUCGUCUUGUUUAUUCAGAUGCUUAGAGAUGGGUUUAUUCCUAAUGAGUUCACUCUGUCCAGCGUGGUUAAAGCUGCUGCUGCAGCUGAGCCUCGAGGUUGUUGCGGUCAGCAACUUCACGGGUUCUGUCUCAAGUGCGGGUAUGAUUUGAAUGUUCACGUUGGUAGCUCUCUUCUUGACAUGUACACUCGCUAUGGUCUUAUGGAUGAUGCGCAGCUGGUAUUCGAUGCGCUUGAGAGUAGGAAUGAUGUUUCUUGGAAUGUUCUGAUAGCUGGCCAUGCGAGGAGGUGUGGUACAGAGAAGGCUCUUGAGAUUUUUCAACGGAUGCUUAGAGAAGGUUUCAGACCUUCCCAUUUCUCGUACUCUAGCAUCUUUGGUGCUUGUUCCAGUACAGGUUUCUUGGAGCAAGGGAAGUGGGUGCAUGCUUAUAUGAUUAAAUCAGGUGAAAAGCUUGUGGCUUUCGCAGGAAACACUCUUAUUGACAUGUAUGCGAAGUCAGGAAGCAUCCAUGACGCGAGAAAAAUAUUUGAUAGAUUGGCUAAGAGGGAUAUUGUGUCUUGGAACUCGCUGCUCACUGCUUAUGCUCAACAUGGAUUUGGAAGAGAAGCAGUGUGCUUGUUUGAAGAAAUGAGGAAGGCUGAGAUUACUCCCAAUGAGAUAUCUUUUCUCUCUGUGCUUACAGCUUGUAGCCAUUCUGGUCUUCUAGAUGAAGGGUGGCAUUACUUUGAACUGAUGAAGAGAGAUGGGAUAGUACCCAAGGCUUGGCACUAUGUUACAAUUGUUGAUCUUCUUGGGCGUUCUGGUGAUCUUGACAGGGCACUGAGAUUUAUCAGAGAGAUGCCAAUAGAACCCACUGCAGCCAUCUGGAAAGCCCUGCUUAACGCUUGUAGGAUGCACAAGAAUGUGGAAUUGGGAGCUUAUGCAGCCGAGCAUGUGUUUGAACUCGACCCUGAUGACCCUGGUCCACAUGUAAUACUAUACAACAUCUACGCCUCAGGUGGCAGAUGGAACGAUGCUGCAAGAGUGAGAAAGAAGAUGAAGGAAAGUGGAGUGAAGAAAGAACCUGCGUGCAGCUGGGUAGAGAUUGAGAACGCAAUCCACAUGUUUGUAGCGAAUGAUGAACGCCAUCCGCAGAGGGAGGAGAUUAGUCGCAAGUGGGAGGAGAUUUAUGCAAAGAUCAAGGAUUUGGGAUAUGUGCCAGACACUAGCCAUGUAGUUGUCCAUGUGGAUCAACAAGAGAGGGAAGUGAAUUUACAGUAUCACAGCGAGAAAACUGCGUUGGCGUUUGCGCUUUUAAACACCCCUCCUGGUUCAACCAUACACAUAAAGAAGAACAUACGGGUUUGUGGAGAUUGCCACUCAGCAAUUAAGUUGGUUUCAAAGGUGGUUGAGAGAGAGAUCAUUGUGAGGGAUACCAAUAGGUUCCACCAUUUUAGGGAUGGUACUUGUUCUUGUGGGGAUUAUUGGUAGUGACAUACUGACAACUGAAGAAGAAUCAGUGCUGAUGAUGCCUUUUCUUCUCUUUGUCUGUGAUUCUACCACAUAGAAGAUGCAGCCAGAUUUCAGAAGUUUCAAACUCAAAGUCACGAGUUGAUUGGAUCAUGAGCUAAACUCUUCAAUGAAGCUGCUUAGGUCGUUAAAAGAAGACCCUCCUUCCUCCACGGCCGCUUUAGCCAUCUCCGCAAGUUUCUUUGCCCGGCUACGCAUCUCCUCAGCUUCUUCCCCAGCCAGUACCUCCUUCACCGCUUUCUCCACAUUCUCUCUGCUAAUGAAAUCUCCCAUAAUCGCAUGC